GCUCCGCCCCCUCCCCAAGCAGCCGUACACCGCCAUCGAGUACCCCGGCCCCGUCUCCCACCCCGCCGCCAUCCUCCGCCACGCCGCCCAGGACGACAUCAACGCAUGCUUCAACGCCCCCGCAGCACACCCCGCCGACCUCCAGCUCCGCUUCCGCGGCGAUGCCCCGGGCCCGCCCCUCAGGGGGUACAGGAUCCCCAGCCAGAAGCUCCUCAUGAGAAUAGUAAAGCGCAGGCGAAAACGCGCUGCUGGAGAUGAGCGCGCUGCUGGAGAUGCCGCACACGGCGUCUUUAGAGCAGAAAUGGUAGGCACAGUGAACCACACCGUUCGCUUCGUAUCCAUGGCCGACUACCAGUGGACUCCUGAUGCCGACGGCCCGACAGCGUCGCUCAUAAAUUCACUGAAAGCUCUUGACUACAACGCUAUUCUAAACUACUCUUUCCCUCCCUUGGCCGAGGAAUACAUUGAACCUCGUCCCGAUGCGACCGAUCAACAGCCCAGAUUUCGCUCCAAAUUGGACUUGCAGCCUCUUCCAAUAUUCUCUACGAGAAACUUGCCUGCUGUCUACAAUUUCAAAAUGCCUCCCCAGGUGGUCCCCGUGGAGGUAGCUCAUCCCAUCACCGGCCGUCUGCGUACGCGGUAUGCCAAUAAUACGCGAGAACACGGUCUCGCACCCCAUAUCAUUCAACAUGACCAUACGCUAGGCGAUGUCCCUCGUGAACCAAACGUGAUCGUACAGGGUAAAAUGCCUAGACUGAAUCAAACCCUUUUACAGAAAUUGAAACAGGCUUUUGAGAAGAGACCCGUUUGGGUCAAACAAUCAUUACUAGCCCAGUUUUCGGAAGAGGAGCAGGGUGAAAUGAAGCGAGAGAAAGCUUAUUUCCCGAGUGUGGCAUAUGUCAUCAACACGGGUGUCUACAGUAAAUGCCUCGUCAAAUACGGAUACGAUCCGAGGCUUGAUAUCGAGUCCCGAAAACUACAGCACAUUUUCUUCUAUGCCCAUAAGAAGACUGUGAAAAACCCGAUGAAUACCAAUCCCGAGAAUGAUGAAGAGGCGGAUCGCCGUGAAGGCUGGUGGGAAGACGAGCAAGCUCGACUGAUAGCGGAGAAUAAACGGCCGCCUAUUGAUCCCAGCAAGGCGAACACUUUCGAUGGACAGUACCUGCAUAAAGCCAAGGCAGACUAUCAGCUCUGCGAUAUAACCGAUCCUUUUAUCAUGCGAUAUGUCAAUGAUACCAAACAUCUCUCCAGCGUCUGCACUCUGAAAUCUGGCUGGUACACUUUCCCAUGGAUCACGCUCAUCAAAGGUCUAGUCCGGGUGAAAUACAUGUACAUGUUGGAAACAGGCCUUCCCGCCCCAGACGAUAUCUGUCACCCAGUAAUCGAAGAGUACAAUAAAGGCAAGAUGAACGGCGGAGACUCGAGUGGUAGACGUGCUGCUGGCCGUGGUCAUAACCGCCAUACGGAAGAGGAGCAAGACGAUAUACCCGAUUCAGGGGAGGACGGUGCCGUCCCAGAGGACGAGUUGGAGGACGAUAAUGAGGAUGAAGGUGAUAGGGACGAUGAAGAGGGAGUCGAUAACCAGGAUAAAGCGGAUGAUGACUUGUAGCUUGCAGUCAUAAGCCGUUUGGAUGUGCGUUAUCCCUUUUUGGGGAGGUAUGAGGGUACUGUUUAUAAUUAUGUAUAGG